GGAGGAGAGUUGUUCCGGGGAGAAGAUGACGAAGAAAGAUGGCUACAGCUAAUGAUAACUAGCUUUGAUAAUCGAAAAAUGUUACGCUCUUGAUCGUUUUACUGUUCAUAAUUUGAUGCUUAAAACUUAAAAGAAAUCCCUCUAUAGACCCUGUAAACUGUCAGUCUAGACGUAAGCACCGGUGUGUGUUGUUAGAUCAAUUAAGUGAGUAAUUUUGCAGAAGGUUGUGUAUGUGUGUGUGUGUGUUUGUGUAGCGGGAGGGGUUCGUGUCUCCUGUCAGCUGUCAGUCAGAUAAACGCCAGUCUAAAGAGGGUUGUGGGAAACGACGGUCAUGGCAGCUCCUGUCAACGUCCAGGCUCCCAGUAAGACCUGGGAGCUGAGUCUGUACGAGCUACACAGGAGCCCUCAGGAGGCCAUCGUCGAUGGGACAGAGGUGGCAGUAUCUCCCCGCUCGCUGCACAGCGAACUGAUGUGCCCCAUCUGUCUGGACAUGCUGAAGAACACGAUGACCACCAAAGAGUGUCUGCACCGCUUCUGCUCAGAAUGCAUCGUCACCGCUUUGCGAUCCGGGAACAAAGAAUGUCCAACCUGCAGGAAGAAACUGGUCUCCCGACGCUCACUGCGCAGAGAUUCCAACUUCGACGCAUUGAUCUCAAAAAUCUACCCGAGUCGCGACGAGUACGAAGCCCACCAGCGCAGCGUCCUCGAGCGGCUCAACAGGCUGCACAAUAAGGAAGCCCUAAGUUCCAGCAUCGAGGAGGGGCUCCGGCAGCAGGCCCGCUACAGGUCCGAGAGGAACCACCGGGUGAAGAAGCCCACUCAGGAGAGCGACAAUACUACCUUUAGCGGCGGGGAGGAUAACGGUGACUCCCGUUCCCACCUGUCCCAUGACUCGGCCCCCUCAAACACCCUUCACCCCCGCGGUCAAACUCCCCCUGAAGCAGGGCCAAGUCGUAAGCGCCAGCGCGCUUCUGAUGACGGUUCGGGGCCCGAGGCCAACAGCGAGAGCCCGACUCCUCCCCUGAGACGCCAUAAAGAGGGGCCGGUGUCAGAGAUCGAGCUGGUGUUUAGACCACACCCACAGCUGGUCCAGGCCCAGGACUACAACCAGACUAGAUUUGUGAAGACAACAGCCAACGCCACAGUGGACCAUCUGUCAAAAUACCUUGCACUGCGCAUCGCUCUCGAGGAUAGGCGGACUGACGGAGAGGUGGAGGAAAGAGAAAGGGAGGAGGCAAAAGUGGAGGAGAGAGGAGCAGAAGGAGGAGGUGAAACUGGAGGAACGUCUAGAAACGGAGAGGGGACGAGCCUUAGCAACAUCAGCGAGAAACAAUACACCAUCUACAUCACGACAAGGGGAGGACAGUUCUCGACACUCAAUGGCUCUUUGACUCUGGAGUUGGUCAAUGAGAAAUACUGGAAGGUCAGGAAGCCUUUGGAGCUUUACUAUGCUCCCACCAAGGACCAGCAGCAGCCACAAGCACCACAGCAGCAGCAGCAGGUCCAGCAGAAGUCCCCUCCCCCACAGAAGGAAGGAUGAGGCAGAGCAGUGGGCUCCUUUUUUUUUUCUUUCUUCCCUCCAACCCAUCACACAUAUUAACCACAUCCUCUCUCAGCUGCUGCAUUAAUAUCACGAGCAUCUCUUUCUUAAUAAACUAGCAUUAAGUCUGAAUUAUUUAAUUUAAAAACUAUAUUUUUUUUUAUUAUUAUCCCAACCCUCUUCUGAUGGUUUGCUUGUAAGGUAUUAAGGUCAGUAUUGGGCUUACCGGAUUACCAUCUAUAGCUGCUGGACAAAAAGAUAAAGUGGAUUUUUGCUCAUUUUUCCUUUUUUUU